CCUGAGUCGUCCAGCAGUCCAAAACUUUCAUUGUUCUUUCCUCAUCUCCACUGCUCUCCUUUGUUUUUAUUUUAGUUCCAGUUCCUGCAUAACACUUUUAACGUUUAAUGAUUGACUUUUUAUUUACCGCUUUAAUGUGGUUUUUCAUGUGUGAUAGUGACAAUCAUAAUUAAACCCUUCAUAAAAUCUAGAAUAUGUCAUAACUUGUCAUAUGACAUUUUAUAUGGCUUCAUAAAAACGCAAAAUUUCCAGUAAUCAAGAUCAUAUCAUAAAAAAUGCAGAAAUAAAAGCUCAACUGAAUGAAGUACUAUAUUUAAUAGUGAUUGUAACUUUAGUAAUUUCGAGGCAAUAGUGUACAGUAGCAGUGAGCUUACAAGUGUUGCAAAAGUUCAAAAGUCAUGGCGGUAAUUCCGAAUAGCAUUCGAUUUGCAUUCACGUGCAAAGAGGCUUCACACGUGCAUCCUGUUACCGUGGUGAAUUACAAGUGCAAAACAUGCGAACGACAUUUCUCUGCAUUGGAGUAUCCCGACACCGGAACAGACAUAAUUCCAUUGAAAAAUGCAAGACGCUUCAUAACAGAUUGCAUGGUAGCAGUGGGUAGCCCACAGGAACACGCUGAAGCAAUGGCGGACGUCCUUUCCGAAGCAGACUACCGGGGCCAUUAUAGUCACGGAAUGAAUCGUCUUUCUAUGUACGUGAGAGAUAUUCAAAGAAAAGUCUGUGACGCCAAAGCAAAACCUUGUAUUCUAAAAGAAUCCCCUGCAACCGCCUGGGUGGAUGGUAAUAACGGUCUAGGCGUGGUUGUUGCCAAGUUCUGUAUGAACAUAGCCAUUGAAAAAGCGCAAGAUGUCGGCGUUGGUUGGGUUUCAUGCAAACAAUCCAAUCAUUAUGGAAUUGCUUCAUUGUACACUACUCAAGCAAUUGAAUGUGGUUUGUUAGGGAUGAGUUUCACCAAUACUUCACCAUUGCUUACCCCCACUCGCAGCCUCCAAUCUUCACUGGGUACUAAUCCCCUGUCAUUAGCAACACCCUCAAAAGGUGAUCCCUUUGUUCUUGACAUGGCCACAACAGCUGUAGCAGUUGGAAAGCUUGAAAUGGAACGACGUAAAGGCAACACUUUACCACCCGGAUGGGCACUGGGUCCCACGGGACAAGUGGAAACAGACCCUGCAGUUGCGGUGAAAACCGGCCGUUUGAUGCCGCUUGGAGGCGAAGAGAUCAACUCCGGGUUCAAAGGAUACGGGUUAGCAAUGCUUGUGGAGAUAUUCUCGGGUAUCUUAGGCGGAGCUAACUUUGGGAGAAAGAUCAGAAGAUGGGGUACUCAAGAUGGUGUCGCCAACUUGGGACAAUGUUUCAUCGCUGUGGACCCUGAGUGCUUUGCACCUGGAUUCACCGAAAGGAUGCAGGAGUUGAUUGAUAUGAUGAGAGAAUCAGAAAGGGUGGAUGAGGAUUGUCCGGUUUUAAUUGCUGGCGAUCCGGAAAGAGAGCAUAUGAAAGCCGUUGAUGAGCAUGGAGGUGUUCGAUAUGUCAAAGAUCAAAUGGAAACAUGUGCAAAAUUAGCUCAAGAGUUAAAUGUCAAACCACUUUUGCAAGUGUAAAUAAACUGUGAUCAAUACUUUGUAAUAAAAUGAUAAUAAAAUCGUGAAAAUAGAGAAUUUCUUAACCAA